CCACAAUCAAAAUGUCUUCCGAUGAAGAAAAGUACAUUAAAAUGCGAUUUCAAGCUUCAUAUGAGUUAAAAAUUUCUUUGAAAAAAUCUCUACAAUUGUUCAAUGAAAAUGAAGAUAAGCACGUAGCUAUGGCCAUUGGCCUCGUUAGAUCUUCAUUUAAGAAAGCAAUUAAUGAUCUCAAUGGCAAUUUUUGCGAGUACACAAAUAAUCAUAGAGAUACACAAAAAUUCCCUUUGGUAAUUGAGUGUGAAGAUGAUGAUAAAAAAAAUAACAAAAGAAAAUAUUUAGCGGAUGAAUCAGAAGAUGAAAAUGAAUCAAUACAUACCAAGAAAGCUAAAUUGGGUAACUAUAACAACCAGUAUUUAGAAAAAAGUGUGGAAGAUUCAAAUAAUUGUAGAAUGCUAACUGAUGCGAUAGAAAAUUUACCACCCAUUCCCAAAAUCAAUAACACUUUGUUUGCGGAGAUGGCAACAUGCCGUCUCUUGCAUAAAAAGUCUUGGGAAACUCUAGAAUUUCUAGGGGACAGAGUACUUACGUAUUGUCUCUUUAAAAUAAUGGGACCAAAAUAUCUUAAAGACCAUUAUGCAGAUACGAUUGGAUUAAGUGUAAGAUGUAUUACUACCAAUAAAAUUUUGGCUGCAUAUUCUAUCAAACUUGGUAUACAUGAAUCCAAUGGUAUGACAUGCUCAGAAAUAAAGAAGCGUCAUGCUGAUGCACUUGAAGCAUACUUCGGUGCAUACUAUCUUAUAGAUGGGGAAAUAGCCACUUGUAAGUAUCUUGAUAAUUUAAUGACCCCGUUAUUAGAUUUAAUAAUUGAUAGUAUUGCAUCAGGAAAUAAAGGAAUAGAAAAUUCAUAUAAGAUAGCUGCUGAAUAUUUUGCGAUGCCAUGGAUUCAAGAUGGCAAACGUUUGUAG